AUGGCUGCGGCGACCAACCCAGUGUCCGCCAUCAGUGCGUACCGUCAACUUCUCCGUGCUACUCGGAUCGCAUUCAAUGGUGAUUUUCCUGUUCUUCACGCUGCUCGCGCGGAGGCCCGCAAACAAUUUGACCAAAGCCGGCAGCCCGGUGUCGAUACCCCGAUGAAAAUUCAGCAUGCGCUGGAGACUGCCCAUAUUCUCAGAUCUAAUAUUGUGCAAGGAACCAAGAUAGAAACCAAGGAAGAAGGUGGAGAGCAAGUAGAUCGAUAUGCUUUACGAAUACAUGAAUAUACCGAACGCGGAGACAACGAUACAAUAAAAGCAGCUGGUCAGAAACCGGUCAAGGUUGGCAAGGGAUGCUGCUCUUCAUGA